UUGGCGAGAGCCGGGUACGGCUCAAUGUUACGGUGGGCUUAGUGCUCCGGGAAGGGGUGUUGUGUUUCAGAGGAGGCAAGAAAGGAGACACGAGGGAAUCUACAGCUUAAGGGGACAAACUAAACGACACGAUCAAUCAUGCCUGCUCAAAACAAAGACGAGGGUGGAUGGAAGAAGUUUAUAUGGAAUUCGGAGACGAAGGAAUUUCUUGGGCGCACCGGCAGUAGUUGGUCAAAAAUCCUACUGUUCUAUCUCGUCUUUUAUGGCUUCCUGGCUGGGAUCUUCAUCGGCACCAUCCAGGUUCUCCUUCUAACCCUGAGCGACUUGAAACCCACCUGGCAGGACAGGGUAGCUCCUCCAGGACUCAGUCACCAGCCACGCUCGGAGAAGUCAGAGAUGAUGUUCUACCCAGACCGCAUCGAAACGUACCUGGAAUACACCAAAUCCAUAAGAGAAUUUCUUUCCCAGUAUGACGCGGAGAAACAGGAUGAUGGAAUGCAGUUUGAAGACUGUGGAGAUCAACCUCAGGAAUUCAAGAACAGAGGUGAAUUAGAGAGUGACAUUGGUGUGAGGAAAGCCUGUCGUUUCUCGAGAGCUUGGCUUGGGCCCUGCUCUGGUCUAGAGGACCGUCAUUUUGGAUUUGCUACUGGGAAGCCCUGCUUGAUUGUUAAGCUCAACAGGAUUGUGAACUUCAGACCCAGGCCACCGACUUCCAAUGAAACCAUUCCAGAAGAGGCUAAACACAAAGUCCAGCCAAAUGUGAUUCCGAUGUACUGCACAAACAAGAAAGAAGAGGAUGCAGGUAAGCUCGGCGAGGUGAAGUACUAUGGCAUCGGAGAAGGCUUCCCGCUUCAGUAUUACCCCUACUACGGAAAGAAACUGCACGGCCAUUAUCUGCAGCCACUGGUGGCCAUCCAGUUCGUCAACUUAACCAUGAAUGAGGAUAUCCGUGUCGAGUGCAAAGUGUUCGGGGAAAACAUUUACUACAACGACAAGGAUCGCUACCAAGGACGAUUCGAUGUUAAAUUCUCCAUCAAGUCAUGACCUCAGAACUAGAGUACCUCCGCUCUCUCCCUAUUUAAAGGCAAACUAAGGCCCCAUUUCUGACCUGAGAUACGAAGGCAACAGAGAUACGUGUCUCACCGGUCUUCCGCAGCGUUUAACGGGGGGAUUUGUUUUUUGAAUGUACAAGUGUCUCAUGUCAGAAAGUGGCCUCAUUCUAGUUUAGGAGAGAUUUAAAAAAAAAAAAGAGAAUAAUAAUGAUAAAAAAGUAUAUUUAAAAACGCUAGUCAAAGACAUACCAUCUUAUACACGUGGGACCUAACAUUGUCUGUACUCUUUACUUAGCUUUUUCCGCUGCCAGUCUAAAGGCUAGAACGUAAACACCUGGAAGAUUAGCCAUAGCGUAGAAUAUUUAUUCUGCUACCGAACGAGAACUGUUCCAGAUUAAAGGGGCAUGUUGUUUUGCUGUAAAUUCCUCUACCGAUGUAGCCAGCCCUGUUUUGUCCCUCUUGUAUUGUAUUGCUGCCUUGUGUGAUUUCCCUAUAUUUAGAAAGAGCACGGUAGUUGCAUAUGUAGGUUGUCUCACGCCAUGCCAAUGUGUGAUUUUGCUUCAUUGUCGAACGUGCCUACAUAUACUCUAUGUAUAGUUACUUAAUGGAAACACACUCGACUCUUAUCAUUGCCUUUCGGGGAUAUCGAUGUUCUCUCUUUGCAUCUUUUACGUGUAUUUGGUGGGUAAUUCACUCCAUUUUUUCUCCAGAAUCACUUCAAUGUAGGGAAGAUUGAACUUCUAUUUGAUUCCUGUUCUCACUGAAUGUAGAUCGUCAUUCGCGCUUUAGCUUUUAUUUUUACGACUUUGUGUUCUUCUUUCUUUUUAUUCUAGUCCUUGUAUCGAAGACAUGACGUGGUGAAAUGUUCUGCAGUUGAAUGAUUUUAUGUGGUGACGUUCAGCGUUCUGUUCUCGCACAUGUUCCCUUUCUUCAGAAAAUCGUCAUGAAUGUUAAUAAUGCCAAAGCCAUUAAGAUUAUUCUAGUUUCUGUCAGAAGUAAUGCAAUACCCCGUUCUGUCGGGAUACUCUGUAGGUGUGCGCAGUCAGUGUGAACCAUCAGAAAUGUCAAAUUUCACGAGUCCCACAAACACAUGUUGAAACUCAACUGGAAAAGACUAACCAAAAUAAAACUGAGACUCUCAA